CUUUUCGGGGCGAGUUUACGGCUCUGUUUCGGCCAUAUUUAACGAGCGCCUAGAGUUAAAAAAACAAAAUUGCCCAUUCCUGUUUUUUCUCGUCUCGCAAUUUCUUUUGUGGUUCUUGUCACUGCAGCUCUCUCGUCAUAAUCAUCAUCUUCUUCGUUUUCUCUGCUAAUCUGAAGCAAUUUCGAAAAUUUAUGUGAUUUUCCAGGAAAGUCUUUGGUUCGAAAACGAUUCGAGGAAAGGGUGAAUUCGGGUGUUUGUCUGGAUUCUGGUCUUGUGUGUGUCUGGUUACAGUUGUAAUUGUACCCAUUUCUUUUUUCUCUGUGUAUAGUUUUGUACGUGUGAAGAUUUCAAUUCUUGUGAGCUGUAAGGUUUCUGGGAUUUCCUUCUGUGAUCUAGUUGUUUCUUCUUCUUCUUCUUCUUCUUCUUCUUUGUCUUUUACGCUUGAUCUUGUCUGGUUUCUGAAUCGAAGGCCCGAGUUUUUGGAGCUCGGAGGUCAAAACGGUUUUUGAUGGCGGCGUCAGAGAAAUGGAUCGGACAAGGAGCCGACACGAGUCCGUCGUAUCUCCAGAAAUUCAGGCUCUAUGAAACUCGCUCGAACUUCUACAUGAUAGGAAGGGAUAAGAACCGAACCUUUUGGAGGAUCCUAAAGUUGGAUAGGACAGAGCCCUCGGAGCUAAACAUUCACGAAGAUUCGACAACCUACAAUGAAGCAGAAUGCUUAGAACUCUUGAGAAGGAUCCACGAGGGGAACAGGUCAACUGGUGGGCUGAGAUUUAUCACCGUUUGCUACGGGAUAGUCGGAUUCAUAAGGUUCUUGGGACCAUAUUACAUGCUGAUUAUAACAAAAAGAACGAAGCUUGGUGCAAUUUGUGGGCACACCGUAUAUGCGGCAGUCAAGAGUGAGAUGAUAACAAUUCCACAUUCCUCUGUGCUAUCCAAUGUGGCUCAUUCUAAGGAUGAGAAAAGGUACAAGAAGCUACUCUGCUCAGUCGAUCUCACGAAGGACUUCUUCUUCAGCUAUUCCUAUCACAUCAUGCAUAACCUUCAGAGGAAACUGUGCAAUAACGUUAAAUUACGGGCUUACUAUGAUUCCAUGUUUGUCUGGAAUGAGUACUUAACCCGAGGGAUUCGGAGUAUCCUUAAGGAUUGUUUGUGGACAGUUGCCUUGGUUUAUGGAUUCUUCAAGAAGGUUAAACUCUCCAUAGCUGAGAAGAGCUUUAAAUUGACUCUCAUUGCUCGUCGGUCACGCCAUUAUGCUGGCACGAGAUAUCUGAAACGUGGUGUGAAUGAGAAAGGCAGGGUAGCUAAUGAUGUUGAGACAGAACAAAUCAUCUUUGAAGAUGUUCCAGAUGGUUGUCCUGUCCGGAUAAGUUCCGUAGCUCAGAACCGGGGUUCGAUUCCUUUGUUUUGGUCUCAGGAGACAUCACGCUUGAAUCUCAAACCUGAUAUAAUAUUGUCCCAGAAAGACCCGAACUUUGAGGCGACUAGACUUCAUUUCGAAAACCUCGCGAAAAGAUAUGGAAAUCCAAUCAUUAUAUUGAACUUGAUAAAGACGCGUGAAAAGAGGCCUCGUGAGACUAUUCUGCGUGCAGAGUUUGCAAAUGCCAUUAGAUUCAUAAACAAAGGGUUGAGCAAGGAGGAACGUCUACGGCCUCUUCAUUGGGAUUUGCAUAAACACUCGCGAAACAAAGCUACAAACGUGUUGGGAAUUCUUGGCAAGCUUACUGCUUACGCGAUGAACUUGACUGGCAUCUUCUACUGUCAGCUAUCUUCUGAUCUGAGAGCUGAAGGGAUGCAGAAUCCAUCUGGCUUGGAGAAAAGUAAUGGAGAAUGUUCUACAAACGACCUUCCCGGAAAAGCUGAAACCGCCUCAAAGUUGGCAAUGGAAAACGGUAACGAUGAUAGUGCCACCAAAGAGGACCACCAAGUGAAAACGACUAUGUUUCAGAAAGGAGUCUUGAGGACAAAUUGCAUAGACUGUUUAGAUCGCACCAACGUUGCUCAAUAUGCGUAUGGGUUGGUAGCUCUCGGGCGUCAGCUUCAUGCUCUAGGGUUUACGGAAACUACUGAUAUCGAUCUAGAAAAUCCCCUCGCCGAAGAUUUGAUGGGACUUUAUGAGACAAUGGGUGACACUCUCGCCCUUCAGUACGGAGGAUCAGCAGCUCACAACAAGAUAUUUUGCGAGAGGAGAGGGCAAUGGAAAGCCGCAACACAGUCCCAGGAAUUCUUCAGAACUUUACAACGCUACUACAGUAAUGCUUAUAUGGACGCUGAAAAGCAAUACGCCAUUAACAUGUUCUUGGGCUACUUACAGCCACAACCGGGAAAACCAGCAUUAUGGGAACUGGGUUCAGACCAGCAUUACAAUGUUGCAAGAAUCGGUGCCAAUGCCAUUGCAGAGAUUGUAAGGUACUCGAUGAAACGAUCUUUAUCAGAAGGUAAUAUUCUCUGUGAGAGCGAUAUAUCUGCAUUCGGGAAAGUAAUUGGAAAUGGUGAGUCCUUGCCCGAGAAUGAUCAAGAAACGAAAGGCCUUUCAGAGUCCACUCCCGAUAUCACGACGUGUGUAACCACGGAAUCGGGCGAGGAUGUGGCGGCAUGUGUUCCAAGGCAGCCCUGCAAAGAUGCGGAGCCGAAUUACAUUCUUGAAAACGAUUGUUUCUGCUUUGAUGGACACGGUGAGCAAUGUGCAUGCGCAGCUUUCGAUAUGGAUUGGGUUUCCUCUUCGGGAAACUCGUGCGAAGACGAGAGCUAUGGCAGAUCCAUAGCACUUCGGUCUUCGGAGAACGUUCCAGAAGACAUAUAUAUAGAGUCGGCGACUUCUGCAAGCGAAUCGGGUGCCAGCUCAAAGGGAGGGGGAGCAAACGAGAGCAAGGGAGAAGCUUUGGGAGGGAUUCACGAGCGAUUCGUGAGGUGGGUAUUGCACGGAGAUGGCCAUUUCUGGUGAUUGGGAAGGGCUUCAAAGGACAACAGUGUCUGCAAAAAGUUUGAUCAGAUAGGGGUUUUGAUCCGAGGUAAAGAGAGGAACUCACCCGAAGGGCGAGCUGUUCUUCUUCGGAAAGACAGAAAAUCCGACAUCGAGAGGGAGGAAGAGGAAAGAAGAUUGGUAAUUAAGUUUUCCAGACAGGAGAAGAUAGAACAGACUUGUAAAUACCCAUUGUAACAGAAAAAGAACAUCUUACAUACAUAAACUGCAUCAUCAUCACACACACAUCGAAACAUAGGUUCCGAAGAUCAAAACAUUUUACAUUUCAAGA